CACGGAGAGCGACAUGGCGCUGGCCCUGAACCGCUACAUUGGCAACUCGGUGCUGCCCAUGCUCAUCCAGUACCACCGCUAUUUCACCAACGCAGGGAACUAUGCCAGUUUGCUGGAUGCAACAUUCCACACUGUGUACCGACUCUCCAAGGUCAAGAUUCUCACCGAGGGCCAGUGUGAUAAGUUCUCCGACUUCCUCGUCGCGCUUACCAGGGAAAAGCAGCCAAGCAUGCUUCUGCGCCUUUUGCGGAAACUCACGGUGGAUGUCUCAGUCAUCACGGAGUACACUGCUGUCGCCCUCACGCUGCUGACUUUGCAGUACGAGCGAUAGAAGAGCUACUACAGCUCCAGCGGUGGCCAGGUAGCUUACGGGCCAGCAUCGGGAGAAGAGCGCCGACUCACCAUGCUGCUCUUCACCAACAUUUUUGAUUCUCUGUCCAAGAUGGAGUAUAACCCAGAGCUGUUCAGCAAGGCACUGCCAUGUCUGACAGCCAUAGCUUGUUCACUGCCGCCGGACUACUCUCUGACCGAGGACCACGAGGAGGGCUGGUCCAAGCAGAACACAGCAUCCGGUCCCUAUGUGCCUGAACCCGUGAACUCUGCGGACGCUUUAGCGAGGGUGGCAGUAUGGAGAACGCUGGAAUGAUGAAGCUAAGACCCAUCCAAUGUUCAAGCCAUGCAAUCUGCUGACCGACUAUCAAGCCCAGUCACCGAUGGCCUACAUGCAGACACCUGUGGAUAUGUCAACACUGACACUCAACAAAGAUAUGAUGACAAUGUCUGAGCGGCUGGCCGAGAACACGCACGACAUCUGGGCAAAGAAAAUGAAGGAGGACCUGGACGCUAUCGGUGGUGGCAUACAUGCACAGCUGGUGCCAUAUGACCUGCUCACUGACCGGGAGAAGCACGAAAACCGAGACCGUGCGCAAGAGUUUCUCAAGUUUCUUCAGUAUGAGGGCUACCGUGUUUCGAGCAAGGCCCUGCGUCGUCGUGAACGGGGAGGUGCCCCGAGCGAGGAGCUGCAAGCCCCCAGGCAAGGCCAGGAACGCCGCUUUGCCAGCUCCCUGCUGGAGAAGCUGCUGCAGUACCUGGACAUGGCCGCGAUAGACCUCAAGGUUCUGAGGCUCAGCGUGCCCUUCAGCCACGGGACAAGCUUCAAGACCUCCAGCCGGGACGUGAAGUUCUUCAGCAUGACUGGCUUUUGGGAUGCACAGACGUUGAAGCUGCUUGCUCAUGUUGUCUCAAUGCUUUUUUAG